AUGAGUAUAAAUGCAGGUUAUUUUCCACCUUAUGGUGGUCGUCGUAAAAAUGGAGCAGCGGCUUAUCAUUUGCCAUUGAAUAAUCAUCAACAUCAUCAGCAUGCACUUCCAUUAGCAAGUGCACGUUCCUCCAUUGAAAGUACUCUUGUUCCUGAAACAUUUUUACCCGUAAUAUCAAGUGCUACUGGUACCAAUGAAAGUUAUAAACCGUAUCGUCGAAAUGAUUUUGCUAAUAAUCAUUUAUUUAUUGCUAAACGUAAAUUGGCUCGAGUGUUUCUUGGACAACCAACAAAAAAUUUACAAGCAACAAGUGAUCUCAUACAUUUGUUUGAUCAUCAAGAGCCAAAACGCAAAAAUCGAAAUGUAAAUAAGCAGCAGCGACAGGACACUAAUAGUAAUAAAAGUUCGCCAGUUGAACAAGAAGGACAUGUAUCCGUUGUUAAUCUUGUUAUAAAACCUCCAUAUCCAACAAAACAAACACGUGACCCCCUAUCAGCAGUACUACGUACUCGUCGUCCUCAACAAACUAAUUGUUCUGCUAAAACUCGUGACUCAUCGAGUGGCACGGUCACUGCAUCGCAUAAACAAAGUGCCCUAUCAGCAACACUUCAUACAAUUACAAAUGCUAAUGAACUUGUAGAAAUAAUCAAUAAAGAUCAUGUAUCAGAUGCUAUGAUAGCAACAAUUAAUCCAUUCUAUUCAUCAUUAUUAUGUGUUAAAGCGAUUGUUCCAUCGGCUGGACCACAACAUGGAAAUCAUCAGUUACUACAACAUCAUUGA